UAUAUAUAUAUAUGAAAGAGGCACGAACGAUCACUGUCCCUCUCACUGCCGUACCUUGCCGAUCUGAAGAAUGUCGGAUUCCGUCUUCGCCGCCGUCGCUCAGGCUCCCGAAGAUUCUAUUUUAGGGGUCACGGUUGCUUAUAACAAAGAUCAGAGCCCUAACAAGCUGAAUUUGGGCGUUGGUGCUUAUCGAACGGAGGAAGGGAAACCUCUUGUCUUGAAUGUAGUGCGGAAGGCAGAGCAGCUGCUUGUUAAUGAUACUUCUCGUGUGAAAGAGUAUCUUCCAAUCACUGGCUUGGCAGAUUUCAACAAGCUGAGUGCCAAGCUCAUCCUCGGAGGCACCAGCCCGGCCAUUCAGGAGAGUAGAGUGGCGACUGUGCAGUGUUUAUCCGGGACAGGUUCAUUAAGGGUUGGAGCCGAAUUUCUUGCCCAACAUUAUCCUGUUAAAACUAUACUCAUUCCGGUGCCGACGUGGGGGAAUCACCCAAAGGUUUUCAAUGCAGCAGGACUGUCCGUGCAGACUUAUCGGUAUUAUGAUCCAAGCACAAGAGGCUUGGAUUUCUCAGGACUGUUGGAAGAUCUCGGGAAUGCACCGUCAAGAGCAAUAGUUCUUUUCCAUGCAUGUGCUCAUAACCCAACGGGAGUCGACCCGACUUCUGAUCAGUGGGAGCAAAUUAGGCAGCUGGUGCGAUCGAAAAGGUUGCUUCCGUUUUUCGAUAGCGCUUAUCAGGGCUUUGCUAGUGGGAGCCUUGACGCUGAUGCAGGGUCUGUCCGGGCAUUUGUUGCUGACGGGGGCGAAUGUCUUGCAGCACAGAGUUAUGCUAAAAACAUGGGAAUGUAUGGCGAGAGAGUUGGCGCACUUAGCAUCGUAUGCAGAAGUGCCGAAAUUGCCAAAAGGGUCGAAAGCCAACUAAAACUGGUCAUCAGGCCAAUGUAUUCGAAUCCACCCAUUCAUGGAGCUUCUAUUGUCGCCACCAUACUCAAGGAUGGGGAACUUUACAACGAAUGGACAGUUGAGCUCAAAGCCAUGGCCGAUAGGAUCAUCAGCAUGCGCCAGCAACUUUUCGAUGCUCUAAAAGCUAAAGGAACCGCGGGGGACUGGAGUCACAUUAUAAAGCAGAUAGGGAUGUUCACGUUCACCGGGCUGAAUGCGGACCAAGUGGCCUUCAUGACUAAGGAAUACCACAUCUACAUGACAUUUGACGGGAGGAUCAGCAUGGCGGGGCUGAGUUCGAAAACAGUUCCGCAUCUUGUAGAAGCCAUACAUGCUGCCGUUACAACCAUUGGUGCAUAGAUCGCCGGAGGCGCUUUCUCAAUAGAUCAAUUUUAAGCAGGUAAAUUUUUUUCACCAGGGAUAUUAAUAUUGUUGUUGAAUAAAGCAGAAGUUUGAUUUUAGAGGGAUGGAUAUGUAUGUACCCUUAAAAUUUUCUGCUUGAGAGGUUACUAUAAAGUGUUUCUAAAUUGACUAUGAGUUCUUUAUUUUAGAACUGUUUCUGGUAGCA